UACUUCAACUCUCAACUCAUCAUGUCUGGACGUGGUAAGGGUGGCAAGGGCCUCGGCAAGGGCGGCGCUAAGCGUCACCGCAAGAUUCUUCGGGACAACAUCCAGGGUAUCACCAAGCCCGCGAUCCGGCGUCUUGCUCGCCGUGGCGGUGUCAAGCGCAUCUCCGGCCUCAUCUACGAGGAGACCCGCGGUGUCCUCAAGCAGUUCCUCGAGUCGGUCAUCCGCGACGCGGUGACCUACACCGAGCACGCUCGCCGCAAGACCGUGACCUCGAUGGAUGUCGUCUACGCGCUCAAGCGCCAGGGCCGCACCCUCUACGGCUUCGGUGGCUAAGCAUGGUGUCGCUGGCGGGCGCAAGCUCACAGCAACAACAGCAACAACAACAACAACCUGUGUUCUUUUCAGAACACACCACGUAGCGCAGCUUGGGCAGCAAAUGAAGAAACCAAAUCAUGCA